AUGGGCAGCGCCAGCCCAGGCCUGAGCAAUGUGUCCCCUGGCUGCCUGCUGCUGUCCCCAGAUGUGGUACUGCGGACAGGUGUGGAGAAGGCGGAGGCAGGAGCAGUGGGUCCUGAGAAGCGAGAAUGGAGCCCCAGCCCUCCCGCCACCCCUGAGCAGGGCCUGUCUGCUUUCUACCUCUCCUACUUUAACAUGUACCCUGAGGAUGGCAGCUGGGUAGCCAAGGUCCCCGAGGCCGGUGCCAGGGAGGAGCCACUGGAGGAGCCUGAGCAGUGUCCGGUCAUCGACAGCCAGGCCUCGGCGAGCAGCCUGGAUGAACACUCGCUAGAGCAGGUGCAGUCCAUGGUGGUGGGCGAGGUCCUGAAGGACAUCGAGACAGCGUGCAAGCUGCUCAACAUCACAGCAGACCCUGGGGACUGGAGCCCUGGUAACGUGCAGAAGUGGCUGCUGUGGACAGAACACCAGUACCGGCUGCCUCCAGCCGGCAAGGCCUUCCAGGAGCUGGGCGGCAAGGAGCUCUGCGCCAUGUCGGAGGAGCAGUUCCGUCAGCGAGCACCCUUGGGCGGGGAUGUGCUGCAUGCACACCUGGACAUCUGGAAGUCAGCGGCCUGGAUGAAGGAGAGGACCUUGCCUGGGGCCCUUCACUACUGCGCCUCCACCAGCGAGGAGGGCUGGACAGACGGCGAGGUGGAUUCCUCGUGCUCCGGGCAGCCCAUCCACCUGUGGCAGUUCCUCAAAGAGCUGCUGCUCAAGCCCCACAGUUACGGCCGCUUCAUCCGCUGGCUCAACAAGGAGAAAGGCAUCUUCAAAAUUGAGGACUCUGCCCAGGUGGCCCGGCUGUGGGGUGUGCGCAAGAACCGGCCGGCCAUGAACUAUGAUAAGCUAAGUCGCUCCAUCCGCCAGUAUUACAAGAAGGGGAUCAUCCGCAAACCUGACAUCUCUCAGCGCCUCGUCUACCAGUUUGUACAUCCCGUCUGAGAGCCACAGAGGCCAGAGGCCGCUCUCUGCUGCCCAGGGCUCUGCCCAAUAUGAAUCCAGGCUGCUGGCAUUCCAGAAGCCAAGGUCACGGAGAGACAGUCACUGAUCUGGGAUACACAUGAGCUCUCUGGGUCCCUCUUCAGGUCAUACUGCUCAAGUACACAGGCCCCUGGAGGGUCAAGGGAGCUAGGGUUGCUCACAAAUGGAGAAUUCCCCCACCCAGGCUUGGACUGUGAGAUUCCUGGAGGAACCACCAAGCAGGGACUGGACCAAGGCAACUCACAGGACGGUGAUGUUACUGCCUUCUGUUUCUACCACCACCCUGUGCCAUAACUGGCCUGGUGCUCAGAGAUGUCUGCACCGUGCUGGGGAGCCGGGGGCGCCCUAGGAAUGGAUAAUAAAGAUACAAGACAACUGACAGGUCCCCAGUGUCUGGCUGUGGACGGCACAGCCAAGAGGCCAGGAGUGGUUAAAGGUGACUGUGGUCACGGGUGUUCAGGUUGGUGAUCACAAGGAAAGCUUGCCCAGGGAGGUGUCAUGGAGCCGAGCCUAAGAGAAAAAACGGUAGCUGUUUGGUAGAAGUCAUGGAGAGGCAGAGAGUUCUCCAGGCCAAAGUAGCUAGUCUAGCCAGCCACUGAACCCUCCUCAACCGGGCAGGGCUGAAGCAGGAGUGGGCCAGGCUGGAGAGCAUCUGUACACAGGCCCGAAGUAAGGAAGGCAGCCUCUGCACCUGUUCUGCUGAAGGGCAGGGCUUGUCGCCAGGUGUGACCAGGUGUGCCAGGGGUCUGGCUCUCCUGCAAGAGGCCCAGAGCUAUUUUAUUUGCCUGGCCACCCUAGAGAGCUGAGUCACAUGGUGGACAGUGGGAGACGGUGGGCGAUUCAGGCUGUUUAUGGGGCGGUAGCUUUGUAAGGAUGCUGAGGUUUCAGUCUCUGUCCCCCAAAGACUUCCCAAGAUCCAUCCAUGGAGUUGUGUCCCUUACCUGGGCAUGAGAGCCACCUGAGUGUGGGGAGCUGGGCAUGCAUCUGCUCAUUCUCCUGAGCAACUCAGCGUAUCACAUGUCCCUGGUUUAUUUGCCCAAAUCAGGCAUCCUGAGGCCCUGCCAUGCACUGGCCAUGCCCACUCCUUGUCAUUGAUUUUCUCAACAAAAUCAUGAAGUCAGGGUCACUUCUCUAUUCUGCACAUGGCCAAUCAGAAGUCCAGGAUGACCGAGCAAUUAGCUCACAGUCACACAGCUAUGGAUGCCAGGCCCGGGAGUUGAGCUCACACUGUCCCUCCAAGGACAGGAGUCUCCCUGCCUUUCCUUCCUAAACAAGUUGGCACCUCAGCCCCACAGCCCUUAGCUUCUGAGGCCAAUCUUCUAGGAGAAAGGUCAGGGAGCCAGCAGCACCCAGAGCACCAAGGGGUUUUUUGGUGUUUGUCUUUUGAGACAGGGCUUCUCUUUGUAACCACCCUGGCUGUCCUGGAACUCACUCUGUAGACGAGGCUGGCCUCAAACUCAGAGAUCCACCUGCCUCUGCCUCCUGAGUGCUGGGAUUAAAGGUGUAUGCCACCUCGCCAGGUUGGACCACUAAGGGUUAAAGGCAUCUUGUACCCUGCCUUCUGCCCCCAGCAAUUUUAUUGUCUCC